UGUCGGACGUCACACAGAAGAAGACCAAUCGCAGCGUUUGGACUUCCCCAUUUUUCCUUCCCGAGCUCCACCCCCUCCGGUCCUUUAUAUAUCCCCCAUCACUACAUUCAGCAGAGUGUACAAUGUGCUGCCAGAGAGCCAGCAGGCAGCGUACAGAGGAACAGCCAGAGAGGGAGGGAGAGAAGGGGAAAGUGCCAGACUGCAAACGUGAUCCGAGAGGCCAACGCUGCAGCCGGGUCUCGGGAUCCACCAGCCCACACCAUCGAGAUGGGCUGCACAACGGGCCACCUGGCAUGCCAACCUCAGCCCCAGACUGGCUCCGGGCAGGACAGUCAGGCCCUGGAGGGCGGGGGGGCCAAAGUCCCGGACGUGCUGUCCUCUCUGGAGCGUCUGUCCCAGGCCACUGGAGGCAUGGAGAAGUCCUGGUACCGCUGCAUCUUUCCCUUUGGAAUCAUCUCCCUGGUGAUCGGUGUGGCAGGAACGGGGGUGACUUACACCUACAAUGACCUGCCUCAGACUAAAGUGGUGUCGGUGGUGCUACUUGUCAUGGGUAUUCUGUUGUUGCUGAUGGCCACUGCCUGUUGGACUGCCCAUAACAAAAAGAGGAGGAAAAAGAAAGAAGGAGGGUCAUUCACCUCUGAGCAGUGUCCCCUGUGAAGCACAUGGGGAAAGCGGUUAUAGGAGCUCGAAAGCAGAGACAUACCCAAGGCUGGGAGCUCAUGGGUUGGCUUGAGAAGCAGCCACUUCACCUCCACCCUGUCACAAAUCCCCUCUAUUCCUUUUUACAGAGUUUGGCUCAGCUCAUACUGGAGAGAAGUUGGACUGAGAAAUCCUACAACGUGGAAGGACAGAUAGACAGGGCGCUGAGGAUCUGUUUAGUCUGUACGGUUUGGACCAUUCUGGCUCGGCAACGAGGGAUCACCAAUGCCUCACACGCUCUUUUAUCAUCAGACAGCAGGUGUCCAGUGUCAAAACAACCUCAGAGGAGACACACACAAAUAUGCAGUGCACACUGCGUGCAUAUUUACACGCACAGAUACAUGGCCCUUGCGAUCCUUACUCACAUAUGCGGUAGCAGUCACAGUGGUAGCUCGCGCCGACACCCAACACGCUAUGCAGAGCUGCUGCCGGAGUCAGUGCUGGCGUCACUAGGCACGUCAGUCGCAACAUUCCUCCGGCGAGGACAGGUGACUCUCCAAGAGGCCAGAAGUGGGCCAAAGACGGCAACUUGAUACCCAGCCGAAAGAGCAGCGCACCCGCGUCAGGGGCCAGCGUCAUUCACUCGUCCUGUGACACCGCAGCAAUGUGUUGGGGGCUUUUUUUACGCAAUGGGAGAGUGGAACUUGAGUCCAGCAGGAUCUUGCUGGCAUCUGCGUGGACGAUGAGCUGGAGAGGCCGGAGGAUCUACUUGGGAAGUGGAGUCUGUGCUCAAGUAAAGAUUCUGUUGAAACUGAAAGACAGUUGGACCCCAAGCCUCACUGCGAAGGAAACAAAUACAUUUGCACAAUAAUGGCCACGUCCAUGCCAAGCAAGAGAAACUUUUAUUAAAGCAACAGACUCUGAAAGGCCUUUUGUAGCUUCAGCUCCACGUGUGUGUGUGGCACUGAGUGACUGUUUGCCCUCCUGCCAGGCUUGUGUCUGCGUGGGGCACCCCAACUCCACAUAGGGCAGACAAGGAUUAUUGAAGGACACUGCCUGAGGGGACAUGCCACUGUAGGGACACUUUGACUGAUCCUGCUCCCAUAUGGCCCCUCCCGCUUAGUGCCUUGAGCAAGCACUCAUGGAAAAAGGCUCUGUCGCAUUUCCCUUUUUCCAUCUGAACUCCUGAGAAUUUCCCCCCCUGUCUCUCUGUACCCCAACAGCACUCUCUCCAUCCAUCUCCUUUGCUCCAUCCCCGAUUUCUUUUUUAAUCUAUCUCCUGUCUCCAUCACGAUAUAGCCCAGGAGAAAAUGUCUAUAGCCUUUUGACACAGAAAUGAUGACACACACACACACACACACACACACACACUUGUAAGCCUCACUGUCAUUCUUUAUUUAUUUUUUUUCUCUCUGCGCCAAAGAAAAUUGAUCAUAAUUGAUUGAGUCAGCUGCAAAUCCCUUUGUUAGUCUAAAAAUAUGGUACAAGCCUUUUCUCCUUUGAAUACGGAUUCCCGUUUGUGCGCUCACAGACUCUGGGGGUUUCCCUUUCCUACGCUUUUUCUCUCAGAGACAGGCGGUGAAUGUAGCCGGGCUCGGCUCCCCAUCUGUGAAUAGGUGCUCUCUGUUGACGUGCGGUCUCACAGGAUGAGACACACAAUGGCAUUUUAUCCCUGUCGUAAACCUGCUGGUUUCUGUCAGUGAAUGUAAUGUGUGAUUUAAACGCAAAUCACGGAAGGAGACGGUGCGAUGUACAGAGUGUAUUGAGUCUGAGAGGAGUCAGUGCCGGUAGUCUCCAUGUGAACGACUGUACUCACACUCUUGAGAUUAAUGAUCGAUCCGCUGUUUCAUUGAUUCUGACCACCCGACUGGUGGCGCUUGUUGUGUAAAGUGUGUCUAUGCAUUCAGUGUUAGCAGUUAACACACAAUGCCAAAGACUGUCAUGAAGGCCAGCUUGGCAAUUAUAAGGCUGCAAUUGCCUGCCUGCUUCAAUAGGCAUGCAGUGGAGCAGUCCACUCUCACACCUUUUUUUAGAGUGCACUUAUGACCUGCUGUAUACUUAUCAUCAGCCAUUCUCUGUAGAGUCAAUGGGGAGAAGGAAGAAAUAAUGAGGUGGUUAUGUAGAGGCAGACCCGGGAGCUUGUUCUUUUUACUUAUAUCUGGGAGUAGGGAUUCAUCCCUGUCGUUAACUUGGGGUCAACCAUCCUGAACAGAGCAGUUUCGUGUGAAAAUGCUGGAUGUUCACACAUUAGGCCUUAGGGAGCCUUUUUCUAUCGGAUCAAAAAAGACAUAACAUAGAUUGGCCUGUAUUCGCAAGCACUAUUGUUCAAGGUAGACGACAAAGGAAAUGCUUAUAAAGAGUAUAUGAAACAGUUUGGUUUUUCAAGCUCGGUGUGGUGAGAUCCUCUGAACAGUGAGACAGACAGAAGCCCCAUACAUUCAAUUAGAUUAUCACAAUGACUGCGUCACUGGGUCACUUCUCUAUCUCCCCGCCUCCCUGUCUGUUUCCACUCUCACUCCAGACCGAGGGAUCACCACGCUCCACAAUGUUUAAGUUCAAUUAUUAACAAGAUCAAUAACGUGCAGUGUUUAAGGAGGUCGACAGAAGAGCUGUGGAUGUGACUGCUCCUCUGUCUUUAGGUAGUGUUGCCUCUGUUAGAGCUGAUUAGCCCAGUGCUUGGUGUUUUCUUUUUUCUUUUCUCAGAGAUGUAUUGUAGCCCAGUGAUCCAACGGCCGAGAGAACAAACGAGACCAGGAAGACACACACACACACUUUUGCUUGGGCUCGUGUAUCAAUGCAAUUGUCACAUGUAUAAGUACACAUGUAGUACACUGUGGUUGCAUUAUUGUACCUGCUAUUUUUGUGUGCCAAUGUUUCAUCACAAAAAAUGUAUGGCACGUGACCAGAUCUUUUUUUCUGUCUGUUUAGAGAUGUGACGUGAUUUCCCUUCUGCCUUCUGAAAAAUAUAAAAGGGAAAAUCUACCUCUGUGCUGCGGGGGAAACACAGUAUGUCCCUCACCCAGUAGACAGCCAUGUUGUCUUGCCUUUAUGCUGUUUGUCACUCUAGUGGGUGACACACGAAACACGUCCGUUUGUGCGCCCUCUAAUAUUUGGUGCUGUAUAUAUGACUAUUUUAUAUUUGUACCGUAAUAUUUCUACUCACAUGUACAUUUUAACUGUUGUAUUAAAUAAAUGUUACGUGAACACCUCA